GAAUUAAAAAAAAUAAAAAGUAUAAAAAAAUCUAAAUCAUACUAUAAUAAUUGAUAUCGACCCCCUUGGACUUGGGAGUGUUAAGACUCCUCUUUUAUUGCAGGGUCUGUCCUUUACUACUUUUUGAAUAAUCUCUGAAUUCUACAGUGUAGUGUGUACUAGGGUUUGGCAAAGGAAAAUCCAACAAUUGCACUUGUACCAUGCCGAAGGUGAGGACAAACCGCAUCAAAUACCCAGAUGGGUGGCAAUUAAUUGAGCCUACUCUGCGUGACCUAGAUGCCAAGAUGAGAGAAGCUGAAAAUGAUCCACAUGAUGGUAAAAGAAAGUGUGAGGCUUUAUGGCCGAUCUUCAAAAUUGCCCAUCAAAGAAGCCGUUACAUUUUUGACCUUUAUAAAACCAACCAAAUUUCUAAAGAGCUUUAUGAGUUCUGCUUGGAACAAGGCUAUGGUGAUCACAACUUAAUUGCCAAAUGGAAAAAGCCGGGUUAUGAACGACUCUGCUGCCUACGCUGCAUUCAGCCAAGGGAUCAUAAUUUUGGCACAACUUGUGUGUGCAGAGUCCCCAAGGAAUUGAGAGAAGAAAAGGUUGUUGAGUGUGUUCAUUGUGGUUGUAAGGGCUGUGCAAGUGGGGAUUGAUUGAUGGCUAUUUUAUGUAAUAUUCUCUGUUCAAGAUAUUUAUAUAGAUGUAUGACUUGCUACUCCAAUUUCUUGACAAGGUCAAGCAUUCUUUGUUUAGUAACUUUUGUGAUUGGAGAUAGAAGAUGAUUGGACAUCUGUAAUCAGCUUUCAGCAUUGUGAAAUUGAAAUGUGGCUGGCUUAUUCGGUUGAUGCUCAACCAGGAAAGGAGGAAAGUUUUAAGUAUAGAAAAAAUGUUGGGAGAUGCAAGCAUUCUAUUCCUCUGAUUGAAUCUGUGCACAGGUUCAAAUUAUUUAGGUGGUUUUUUCUAUUUCCAAUCUCAUUCUAUCUUCAACCUGUGGCUUUAAGGGAUUCACCAAACAAGUUAUUGGGCCUUGCUUGAAAUUUAUAAGCAGGACAAACUGUCAAUGAGCUAUGCCAUCAUAUGUAUAUAUACAUAUAUAUGUGGCCUAAAGCAAUGUUUUGUUAUUUUUAAUGGCUUGGCCAGAAUGAGAGAAUUGGUGUACAUACUGAAGCUGAGACAAUGACAGGUGAGUAAUAUGACCUGUUUCCUU